AUGCGAGAGCAAUACAGAGGAGUAGACUAUCUCGAUUUCUGGCUCGAUGUCAUUCACCAUUUGUCGCUAUGUAGACACUACGUGCGAGGUCUUCGUCAGAGUAUUAUGGCCAGUUCUGAAAUCGAUGGGUCUAGUAGAGCCUCAUCGGUUCUGCUGGAUACUUUGAUUCAAGACGGAGUACUAGAUGAUACGGACUCGCAUCGACUGUCAGCGUUUUUACGGGGUGAAGACCCUGCCAACAACGGCACAUUAUAUCGGUUAUCAGCACUGCUAGAUGCCAUGAAUUCAAAAGAACAGGGAAUUGCAGAUUUACAUGCCCCUGCUUCUCGUACUGAUAAUUUCAUUUCCAGAGUCAAUGCCAACGCCAAUGCCAAUGCUAAUGCUAAUAUCAAUUCUAACUCUAAUACUCGACGUACCCCCAGUGGCAAUGUCAUUACAAAAUCACUGCCACAUAAUGACGGCGAACUGAGUGAUGACGAGUACGAUGAAAAUGGUAUGGAGCGUGAGAAGUUGUAUUCCCGCAACGAACCUAUUGCACCAGGUCCAUCAUCUGGAUUCAGAGGGGUGCCAGAUGAUGCAUAUGAUGAAGAAUCGUUUUAUUCGUUUAAAAACCAAUCGGGGUCUCCAGUAGUAGCAUCUCCUACAGGAGCAUACGCGCCAAGAGCAGGAACUCCCCAGGCUCGCAACUCGACCAACACUAAUCCAUUCCGUAAUUCUCGAGUCUCCACUUCAUCCUCAGCACGAUACAAUGCAUUAAAUAAUAGCUCGCCCAACUCGGCAGCACGAUCCUCGCCAUCUCGUGGCCAAGUGCCUGGAUUCAGCGCUAAUGUCACCAACGCACCCACCUCGAACCUGUCACAUUUUGCUUCACCACCUAAUAUUCAUAAUAGCAGUGGCCAGGGAUCCAGGGCUUCUGCUGCCGAGACUAUUGAAAGACUGUUCCCACGACGGGCUGGUGAUAUCACCGACGGAACAAACUAUGUGACCCGUCAAGAUAUCCGACAGUCGUCGCAUCGCAUUCUCGUCACGUAUUUCAUGCCAGGAGCAGAAAAGGAGAUUGUCAUGCCCGACCGCAUCCUCAAAGCCGCUAAACAUGCCAUUGAAGUCGAAGGUCGAGACGACCCUGAAGUGUUUGAUGAAGCUAGAGAGUACGCAUUCCAAGCCAUGGAGCGCGAGGCCUUCCCAAGUUUUCUGGCCGCUCGAGCCCUUGGUAACCUGACCCCUACCGGGUCACUCAUACGGCUCAUAGUGGGUCUGGUGGCUCUUUUUGCUGCAUUUUGGAUCGCAUUUGUGUUCAUUCUGCUCGACUGGAAGCCCAAAGUCACCCGACUAUGGCUCAUUCUGCCUGCUGCCGUGGCGGCCUACGGCAUCUUCUCCUCGCUAUACAACCUCGACCCGCUCAUGGCUCUGGCCGGGUUCAGCGAGGCCUCUGCCCGGUCCGUGGUUCGCAUCAAAGAGCCCUACGUGCGCCAGCUGCUCACCAAACGGUCUCUCUACGUCCUGUGCGUGCUCAUCAUCGUCACCGCCUGUUUUGUACUAAUCUUCGCGCUCGUCCCGGGCCACCGUCUCUAA